UCUCUCUCUCUCUCUCUCUCUCUCUCUCUCUCUCUCUAUGGUACUUUCUCUUUGUCUCUCUACAUGUUUCUAUCUCCUCAUUUAUUAACUUUGAUGAUGUGUGGUGGUGGCAAAUUCUGAUCAAUUUGGAUAAACUUUAGUCCUUUGUGGAGGUUGUUAACUUUGACUGGAAGUUGUGACUUGUGAUCAAUAGAGAUUGGUCUUGAUAUUGAUUUUUUGUUGGUUUUUUUGUGAUCAAUGAAAUGAGUUUCGUGUUAAGAAGGUGAUGAUGGAAUUGCAUGAGUGUGAAAGAAUUUGGAAGAGUUUUCUAUUUGUUGGAUUUGUUGUGUUUAAUCUACAUGCAAGUGUUUUAAGUGGAUAAAGAUGGAGGAGAAUUCUGAGAGUUCUAGGGCUUUGAAUAGUUCUGGAGUCUCAGAUAGGAAUCAAAGGGAAAAUCCUUUCUCCGGCGAGGGAUCACAAGAUUCUAGGUUUAGAAAAGAAAGGGAUUGGAUUCAUGGUGCACAAGGUGAUCAAAACAAAAACCUAGGUGGGUUUUGUGAGGGUGAAGAAGUAGAGAAUGAUCCUUUCUUUUCUUCAGUUGAAUGGGGUGAUAUUAGUUUGAGGCAAUGGUUGGAUAAACCAGAUCGAUCCGUAGAUUUCUUUGAAUGCUUACACAUAUUUAGACAAAUAGUUGAGAUUGUUAAUGCAGCACACUGUCAAGGCGUUGUUGUUCAUAAUGUGAGGCCUUCGUGCUUUGUCAUGUCGUCUUUCAACCAUAUCUCGUUUAUUGAAUCGGCUUCUUGUUCGGAUACCAGUUCAGAUUCUUUAGGAGAUGGAGUAAACAACGACCAAGGUGUUGAGGUUAAAACUCCAACAUCUCACUGUCCUCGUGAUAUUAUGCAUCAGCAGAGUUUCGGAAGUGAAGAUUUUAUGCCUGCCAAGAUUUCGACGGAUGCUCGGUCUGAUUCUAGUUGCAUGCUGUCAAGUGCAGUGUACGCAGCUCGUGCGUCGUUAAUUGAAGAAACAGAAGAAAAUAAAAUGAAAGAUAUGAGGAAGGAUGAAGAAGUGGAAGGUAAGAAGCAAUCGUUUCCGAUGAAACAGAUACUUCUAAUGGAGAUGAGUUGGUACACAAGUCCUGAAGAGGUUGCUGGUACUCCUAGUUCAUGUGCUUCGGAUGUUUACCGAUUGGGGAUUCUCCUUUUCGAGCUAUUCUGUCCACUGAGCUCAAGAGAAGAGAAAAGUAGAACAAUGUCUAGUCUCAGACAUAGAGUUCUUCCUCCACAAUUACUUCUAAAGUGGCCUAAGGAAGCUUCAUUUUGCUUAUGGUUACUACAUCCUGACCCUAGCAGUCGUCCAACACUAGGGGAGUUGUUGCAGAGCGAGUUCCUCAAUGAACAAAGAGAUGAUAUGGAAGAACGUGAAGCAGCAAUAGAGCUUAGACAAAAGAUAGAAGAUGAGGAGUUGUUGCUAGAAUUCCUUUCAUUACUUAAACAAAGAAAACAAGAAGUUGCUGAAAAGUUGCAACAUACUAUCUCUUUUCUAUGUUCAGAUAUUGAAGAAGUGACCAAGAAGCAAACUAGAUUUAAAGAGAUUGCUGGCGUUGAACUAGGAGGGAGUGAUGACCGUUCAGCAUCAACUUUUCCAUCUAUGACAGUCAUUGAUAGUGAGGAUUCUGCUUGUUUAGGAACUAGAAAACGAGUCAGACUAGGGAUGCAUCUCGAUGAAUGUGAUGAUAACAUGGAGAGUGAUCAGAAAAAUCAUGGAAGUUUUCUUUCAAAAAAUUCGCGACUAAUGAAAAACUUUAAAAAGCUCGAGUCAGCAUACUUUUUAACACGAUGCAAACCAACCUAUUCCUCAGGAAGACCGGGGGUUAGACAUUCAACUAUAGCAAAUGGUGGGAGAGGGUCUGUCGUCAUGAGUGAAAGAAGUUGCAUCAAUAGCUUGGCGUUGAAAGACCAAGGAAGGGACAGCGCAAGUGCUUGGAUAAAUCCUUUUCUUGAGGGUUUGUGCAAGUACUUAUCUUUCAGUAAGCUUAAAGUUAAGGCUGACCUGAAGCAAGGAGAUCUUUUGCAUUCUUCCAACCUAGUAUGCUCACUCAGUUUCGACCGUGAUGGAGAAUUUUUUGCAACCGCUGGUGUUAAUAAGAAAAUCAAAAUAUUUGAAUGUGAUACAAUCAUAAAAGGGGAUCGUGAUAUCCACUAUCCGGUAGUGGAGAUGGCUUGCAGGUCAAAGCUGAGCAGUUUAUGUUGGAAUACAUACAUCAAAAGUCAAAUUGCUUCAAGUAAUUUUGAAGGUGUUGUACAGCUAUGGGACGUUACAAGAAGCCAAAUACUAUCUGAAAUGAGGGAGCACGAGCGGCGAGUGUGGUCGAUUGAUUUCUCAUCAGCAGAUCCAACAAUGUUGGCGAGUGGCAGCGACGACGGUUCAGUUAAGCUAUGGAGUAUCAAUCAGGGAGUUAGUAUCGGCACGAUCAAAACGAAGGCAAAUGUAUGCUGUGUUCAGUUUCCUCUGGAUUCCGCUCGAUACCUCGCUUUUGGUUCGGCAGAUCACCGGAUAUAUUACUAUGAUCUUCGCAACUUAAGAGUGCCGCUUUGCACUUUAGUUGGACAUAAUAAGACCGUGAGCUACAUCAAGUUUGUAGACAAUGUCAACCUUGUAUCUGCAUCCACAGACAACACUUUGAAGCUUUGGGAUUUGUCUACAUGUACAUCUCGAGUUGUUGACUCGCCGAUUCAAUCAUUCACUGGUCACACGAAUGUGAAGAAUUUUGUGGGAUUAUCAGUAUCUGAUGGUUAUAUUGCGACUGGUUCAGAGACAAAUGAGGUGUUCGUAUACCACAAGGCCUUCCCUAUGCCAGCAUUACAAUUCAAGUUUCAGAACACAGAUCCAAUUUCUGGUAACGAAGUGGACGAUGCUGCACAGUUCGUCUCCUCGGUUUGCUGGCGUGGUCAAUCACCAACCCUUAUCGCCGCAAACUCCACAGGGAAUGUCAAGAUUCUCGAGAUGGUUUGAGUUGGCCUCUACACAGCAAUCUAUAAAUGAUUCAUAUAGUUCGAUGUGAAUGAGAGGACAUAUUCAAUUGUUAUAUAUAGAGGGGUAUACAAGUUCCUUCAUUAUUACUUGCAAGCUGUAACAUAACAAAUUUUUGCAUUAUUAUUGUUAGAUUAUAGCGGAAACAGGUAAAAGAGAAGAGUGAGAUUUGAUAAGGAAGAAAAAAAGUGUUGUAGAUAAAGUGCCACAUGGAAAAAUGUAAAAGAGGUCAAAAUCUAUAUAAGAUUUUACUAUUAUAGUUUUGAUCCAUAUUAAAUUUUACAUAGUCCUUUCCCUACAUGGAAGCUACUCAUUUUUAUGUAGAAUUCAAUGAUAUUUAGAUAUAAAUGUUGCUUUUAUUGUGGCAA